AUGUGCCGGAAAGAGGAGCAGUUGACGCCAAAUCAGAAGGUCCUGGCUAUAAGGUAUGUUUUACAGGUAUGUUUUUGUUCUUUAGAGCAGAAAAUGGCAGCUUCCUGUAUGAGCCUGUGAGGAUGGUCUAAUUGGCUAUGUAGCUGCUGAAUUACAAAUCAACCCCUAGGCACUUCAUGCAUACUUUUUAAAAGGUUAUUUUCAAAUGUCUUUAGUUGCUGUAUUAUACUGAACAAAAAUAUAAACGCAAAAUGCUAACAAUUUCAAAGAGUUACAGUUCAUAUAAGGAAAUCAGUCAAUUGAAAUAAAUGCAUUAGUCCCUAAUCUAUGGAGUUCACAUGACUGGGAAUACAGAUAUGCAUCUGUUGGUCACAGAUACCUUAAAAAAAAGGUAGGGGCGUGGAUCAGAAAACCAGUCAGUAUCUGGUGUGACCACCAUUUGCCUCAUGCAGCGCGACACAUCGACUUCGCAUAGAGUUGAUCAGGCAGUUGGUUGUGGAAUGUUGUCUCACUCCUCUUCAAUGGCUGUGUGAAGAUGCUGGAUAUUGGCGGGAACUGGAACACGCUGUCGUACACAUCAAUCCAGAGCAUCCCAAACAUGCUCAAUGGGUGACAUGUCUGGUGAAUAUGCAGGGACAUUUUCAGCUUCCAGGAAUUAUGUAUAGAUCCUUGCGACAUGGGGCUGUGCAUUAUCAUGCUGAAACACGAGGUGAUGGCGGCGGAUGAAUGGCACGACAAUGGGCCUCAGGAACUCGUCACAGUAUCUCUGUGCAUUCAAAUUGCUAUUGAUAAAAUGCAAUUGUGUUAGUUUUCUGUAGUUUAUGCCUACGCAUACCAUAACCCCACCGCCACCAUGGGGCACUCUGCUCACAAUGUUGACAUCAGCAAACCGCUGGCCCACACAACGCCAUACACGUGGUCUGCGGUUGUGAGGCCGGUUGGACGUACUGCCAAAUUCUCUAAAACGACGUUGGAGGUGGCUUAUGGCAGAGAAAUUAACAUUCAGUUCUCUGGCAACAGCUCUGGUGGACAUUCCUGCAGUCAGCAUGCCAAUUGUAUGCUCCCUAAAAACUUGAGACAUCUGUGGCAUUAUGUUGUCUGACAAAACUGCACAUUUUAGUGGCAGUUUAUUGUCCCCAGCAAAAGGUGCACCUGUGUAAUGAUCAUGCUGUUUUAUCAGCUUCUUGAUAUGCCACACCUGCCAGGUGGAUGGAUUAUCUUGGCAAAGGAGAAAUGCUCACUAACAGGGACAUAAACACAUUUGUGCACAACAUUUGAGAGAAAUAUGUUUUUUGUGCAAAUGGAACUGGGAUCUUUUAUUUCAGCUCAUGAAACACUUUACAUGUUGCGUUUAUAUUUCUGUUCAGUGUAUGUAUAUCAUUGUUUCUUUGGAGAGAGGGGAGAUAUGCUUUGGGGAUUCUAACUAUGCCUGUAUCACAGUCUGUACUGUCACUGUAAUGACUGUAGUGAGUCAGAUUCUUUGUGUCACAGCCCUUACUGUCACUGUUGACUGUGUUGUGGUGGUCUGUGUGCCUCCUCCACCUCCCCUGCAGGAGAAUGCCCAGUCUGCUGGAGUACUUCAGCUAUAACUGUAACUUCAUGGGCAUACUGGCCGGCCCCACCUCCUCCUACAACGAUUACAUCGCCUUCAUCGAGGGCACGCCCUGCCGUCGCAAUAAAGACCACCAGACCAAUGGGAAGAUCAACGGCAGGCACAAACAGACUGACCCCUCCCCAAACGUAAGCAUUGGUCUCAAAUGCCACUAUGAAUUUUGGAAAGUUACCAAAUCGGCAGCGUUUUCUGCCAUUUUCAUGCCACGUUACUCUCAAUGCUUGUCUGGAACUUUCUAAGACAGGAAAGCAUUGCUGUGUGAUGUGUAGUAAAUGCACAGUAUUCCCUAAUCACUAUUCAUCGUUCACUAAAUGAACAGCAACAUGGCUGUCUUUUGUCUUCCUCGUGAAGCUCUCAAUUAUGCAUAGCAGAUGUGAGUCUUCGCUGAGGUUGCUUCCUAAAUGGCACUGUAUUCUCUUCAUAGUGCACUACUUUUGACCAUGGGCUCUGGUCAAAAGUAGUGAACUAUAUAGUGGAUAAGGUUCCAUUUGGGACAGAGUGUUUUAAUUGGCUGAUGUCCCCCCCCCCCCUUCUCUUCUAUAGAUUGAAGUCGUCCGUAAACUGGCCACCUGUUUCUUCUCCCUCAUGGUUUUCCUCUCGGUCUGUAAAGUGUUCCCUGUGGAACGGAACAUCGACGACGACUUCAUCGCCAACACGCCCUUCUAUGCCCAGGUGGUCUACCUCUACCUGUCCAUGCUGACCACCCGGCCCAAGUACUACUUCGUCUGGACACUGGGUGGGUCUUCUUUCUUUUCUGUUGGCUCGCGGUCUGAUUCUCAAGCCUUUUUAUUUUUUUUAAGGGUGCACUUGCACACUCAUGGUCAUUAACAAUGGUUGAAACUCCCUUCAGCCAAAGCUUAAACCAAUCCAACACUUUCAAAUCCAUGACGGGGGAUUAAGGGAGAAGGGAGAAGGGAGAAGGGAGGAGAAUAGUUUUGGAAGAAGGAAGGAUGUAGCCUUUGUCAGUUUUCCAUAGUAAAUCUCUUUAGGCCUGUAUUCAUUGAUUGACCCUGAAACCAAUUCUUAGCUGCAAUAUCCUCCAUUAUUCCAUGUUGACAAGUAACCCCUCACAGACUGAGAACAGAUGAGCUUUGUAAGGGGGUGAGAUCCGUCCGACUUUGAUCAGAAGCUUCUUGUCCCUGACUUUUAAUGAGCCAGUUGUAUCUGUUAAACCUGGAGGUAACCUAGAGCAGUGUUAAAUUAAUCAUACAGGUGUUUGCAGGCAGAAAGUUGUGUGUGUUUGUUUGUUUGCAGCAAGGUGUGCAUCAUAGAGAGUAUGGUGACAGGUAGAGGUGGGACUCAAUUAGCGCUUCUCUGCACACACACACACACACACACACACACACACACACACACACACACACACACACACACACACACACACACACACACACACACACACACAGAGAGCACGGCUGCACGGCCUGAAGUCAUAAACAUGAUGUAUAGCUCCUGUAUUGUCCUUCACUGUGAUAAUACACUGUUAUUAGUAUGAUGUGUGAUGUUAAUAACAUUAAUUAAUGUUAUUGAUGAUAUUAUCAUCACUAAUAAAUUGUGUACUUUGUGGAUGUACAGUACAGUGAUGGGACAUGAAUAAGACCGGGACUCAUUCAAAGGGGCGUCAGAGCUGCGCACGAUAAUACUGAGAAUACGCCAUAUAAAGGCAAUUUCCCUGACGUUUGCGGAGAGCACAUUCAUGGUAAACCAUGCAGAUGUCUGCUCGAACGUAAAUUACCUUUAAAUGUGAAGUGCAAUGCGCUUGUUGACAAUUCGCCUUUGACUGAAUCCCGGCCUGGAGAUGGUGUUUCUAAAAGCAUGUGUUUUAAUUAUGAACAGCUGAUGCCAUCAACAAUGCAGCAGGAUUUGGAUUCAAUGGAUACAACAGUGACGGCUCACCACGUUGGGAUCUCAUCUCAAAUCUGAGGAUAAUGGAUAUUGAGGUGAAAUGUUAUAACAUUAGUAGUGUCUUCACUCAUGUCUCAGUAUGUUUCUCACAACUCUUUCUAUUACAAUCGACAGUUACUUUAUGUAUACUGAUGUUGUCCUCCUCUCCUUGGUUCCAGUUUGCCACCAGCUUCAAGAUGUUCCUUGACAAUUGGAAUAUACAGACGGCACAUUGGCUCAAAAGGUACAGAAACCAGGCAUAGUCUGUAAUUGGUAAAGACAAAGAGACUUGGUCUUAAUUUAUUUAUGUAAUUAUCAACAUUAGCUUGCAGCCACAUUGUACAUACUAUUUAAAUACAUCGUAAUUACAGUAUAGGCUUCAUGCUUGGGUGUGCCCUAAAUCAUUUGUGGAUACGCCUAGAACCAAGGCUCUGGGGACUUGUCUUGUCUGUCUGUAAAAGUAUGCCACCUAGUGGAGUCAGUUAGCACUAACAGUCUGCUUUAACAUUAUACUGAGUAUACCAAACAUUAGGAAUACCUUCCUAAUAUUGAGUUACACCCUCCCCUUUUGCCCUCAGAGCAGCCUCAAUUCGUCGGGGCAUGGACUCUUCAAUGUGUUGAAAGUGUUCUACAGGGAUACUGGCCCAUGUUGACUCCAAUGCUUCCCAAAGUUGUGUCAAGUUAGCUGGAAGUCCUUUGGGUGGUGGACCAUUCUUGAUACACACAGGAAACUGUUGAGUGUGAAAAACCCAGCAGCGUUGCAGUUCUUGACACAAACCGGUGCGCCUGGCACCUACUACCAUACCCUGUUCAAAGGCACUUAAAUAUUUUGUCUUGCCCAUUCACUCUCUGAAUGGUACACAUACAUAAUCCAUGUCUCAAUUGUCUCGAGGCUUAAAAAUCCUUCUUUAACCUGUCUCCUCCCCUUCAUCUACACUGAUUGAAGUGGAUUUAACAAGUGACAUCAAUAAGGGAUCAUAGCUUUCACCUGGAUUCACCUGGUCAGUCUGUCAUGUUUUGUACACUCAGUGUAUAUAGCCUCUGUAGUCUGCACACAAGGCAAUUGGAGUGGAUUUAUCAGUGGAAUAAAUUGUCUUGUUGUGAGAGGUUAUUGUGAGGUCUUGCUGUGCUGUUGUGUUUGACUGGCUGGUUGUGUGUGUGCAGGGUGUGUUACGAGCGCUGUCCCUACAACCCCACGGCGGCUACCUUCAUCCUGUCGGCCAUGUGGCAUGGAGCCUACCCUGGAUACUACCUCACCUUCCUCACUGGCAUCGUGGUCACACUGGGUGCACGUGCCGUAAGUACUGUCUCUCUCUCUCCAAAACACACACAGACAAAGAAAGGGAGAAACGGAGAGACACGGAGAGAGAGAGAGGUCUAUCUCUCCGUUUCUCUCUCUUCUAAAACACACGCAGACACUCUGACACCGACCUCUCCCCACAAUUCUCCAUCUCUGUCUAGACACACUAAGCCCUAAACUUUUCAUAGGCACAGAUAAAAUGUCAUGCACUGUACCCACUAAAAACAAAUAACAUAUUUUCUGAUUGUCAACGAUUUCUGCUAUUGCUAUAACAAUAGAUAUCCUGAUGGCCCCGUCGUUCCCAUCACAGAUUGAACAAAGUGUCUGGGCCAUGGUCAUCCUGAUGUACCAUUAGUGUUAGAGGAUCAGUCAUAGUUAGGCUGCCAUAGAGACUCACUGUGCUAUGAAGGCCUAGCCUGAAUAAAGCAUAUUUAUUAGAGUCUGGGGUUGAGUCCCAAAUGUUACCCUAUUCCCUAUAUAGUGUAAUACUUUUGACCAGAGGCCUAUGGGGGUACCUUAUGGGCUCUGGUCAAAAGUAGUGCACUAUAUAGGGAAUAGGGUGCCAUUUGGGACGCACCCUGGGUCCAGCUGGACUGCACAGAUAACAGGCCAGAUACACAGAUGGAGAGGAGACCGGGCAGGACUCCGGCUAAUGGAGCGUCACCUGAGACACUUUGAAACUCACUGAGGCAGACAACCGCUGGUGUAUGAGCUGCUGAGAGAGAAAGUCCAAUUGGAAACGUAUUACUUGACUCUUAAACUGCAUCCCAAAUGGCACUCUAUUCCCUAGUGCACUACUUUUGACCAGGACCCAUGCACUAUAUAGGGAAUAGGGUGCCAUUUGGGACCUUAGAUGUGGUAACUGUAAACGAGGAAGGGGGAGAGAGUUAAGGGCAGUGCAACAUAUUUUAGAUUUAGAAGGGCCGUUUGUUGUAAAUUUAGAUUUUCACUGUUUCACUUCUUCUUUUGCUCUGAAUUCAUUGCUUUGGUUCUUUAUUCUCUCCAGAUGAGACACAACGUGAGACCAUACUUCCUAGGCUCUCCUUCACACAAGCUAGUAUAUGAUGUGAUCACGUGGGCGGGCACCCAGAUUGCCAUUUGUUACACUGUGGUGCCUUUUGUGCUGCUGUCUGUCGGGCCCUCUAUGAAGUUCUACAGGUGAGUGACCAGAAACUAUGUCUCCGUCCCAAAUGGCACCCUAUUCCCUUUAUGGUGUGCUACUUUUGACCAGGGCCCAUAUGGAUCUGGUCAAAAGUUGUGCACUAUAUAGGGAAUAGGGUGCCAUUUAGGACACAUGCAGAGAACAGUACAUUACCUCACUCAAGUCAAAAAAAGUAUUCAUAGUUUGUUACCUUGGAUGGAAGUGCAAGAAGAAUUGUGUUUUUGUCUGAACCUCUGACCAACAGGAGAAUGUAUUGCUGAACUGUAGAGGACCGUUAGUCCCUCAAACAGACAUUCAUAUUCAGAAUAUGAAUCGAGCUAGCAAGCUCUAGAGAGAUUUAAUUUAUGAUCUUUGAGAAUAAUCGAGGGUAUUAAACACAUUUGAUGUUGACAAUAAUUAUACUUAUACAGUGGCUUUUUGUUCCUUUUCUAAGAAGUUGAAUGAACUUGUUAUGUGCCUGAUUGUUGAUGAAAAAUGUGUACAACACCAAGAGAAGUUCCUAGCAACAUUUGUUGCUUGGCAAUAAGGUUUUCUGAUUCUGAAAUUGAUCCCUAAAUCAUCCUCUCUCUCAUCCGUCCCCAGGUCCUGGUACUUCAGUGUCCACGUCUGCUGUGUCCUCCUGGCUGUAGCCCUGCCAGUCAAACCCCGACACCUGCGCCUGAAGGAGGCUCCCGUCCUCUCCCACCUGGACUCCACCUCCACAGAUGGCAACUGCAACCAGAAGACCAAAGCCACAUGA